UUUAUACCGGCGCGGCGGCCGGGGGCGGCGAGCGGCGGUGGGCGAGCGGCGCCAUCAUGGAGGGGGGGAGGCAGGUGGCCAACUUCGGCGCUGGGCCGGCCAAGCUGCCGCGCUCUGUAUUAUUAGCAGCACAAAAAGAAUUGGUGGACUACAAAGGACUUGGCAUUAGUGUUCUUGAAAUGAGCCAUCGGACCUCGGAUUUCUCAAAAAUUUUAAAUACAGCUGAAAAUCUCUUGCGUGAAUUACUAAUUAUACCAGAAAACUACAAAGUUAUUUUCCUCCAAGGAGGUGGAUCUGGUCAGUUCAGUGCAGUCCCACUAAACCUGAUUGGCUUAAAGGAGGGUAGACAGGCGGAUUAUGUGGUUACUGGAGCUUGGUCAGCAAAAGCUGCUAAAGAAGCAGAGAAGUAUGCCAAAGUGAAUAUUGUUCAUCCGAAACUAUCAGCCUAUACAAACAUUCCUGACCCAGGCACUUGGAAUCUCAAUCCAGAUGCAUCGUAUGUGUACUACUGUGCUAAUGAGACUGUUCAUGGUGUGGAGUUUGACUUUGUACCUGAUGUCAAAGGAGCAGUCUUGGUUUGUGAUAUGUCAUCAAAUUUCCUGUCGAGGCCUGUGGAUGUUUCCAAGUUUGGUGUGAUUUUUGCUGGUGCUCAGAAGAAUGUUGGCUGUGCUGGAGUUACUGUUGUAAUAGUACGUGAGGACUUGCUGGGAUUUGCACUGAAGGAAUGCCCUGUAGUGAUGGAUUACAAAACACAAGCAGCGAAUGGCUCUUUAUAUAACACUCCUCCGUGCUACAGUAUCUAUAUCAUGGGACUGGUGCUGGAGUGGAUAAAGAACAAUGGUGGAGCUGCAGCCAUGGACAAACUUAGUUUAAUCAAAUCACAAAUGAUUUAUGAUAUCAUAGAUAGGUCUAAUGGAUUCUAUGUAUGUCCAGUGGAGAAGAAGAACCGAAGCAGAAUGAACGUCCCCUUCCGCAUUGGCAGCAUCAAGGGUGAUGAAGUCCUGGAAAAGAAAUUCCUUGAGAAAGCUGUGGAACUUAACAUGAUAUCUCUGAAAGGACAUCGAUCUGUGGGAGGAAUCCGUGCCUCUUUGUAUAAUGCAGUGACUGUAGAAGAUGUUCAGAAGCUUGCAACAUUCAUGAGAAGCUUCAUGCAGAUGCAUCAGUCAUAAAUGCACAUGUGUUAGAGCCAUGCUGCACGUCUAUCAAAUAAAAGCUAAAGUGUUUGGAAAUCACUGUGCUUAUGCACAGACAUAGCGCACAAAUUACAUAUUCUUGUACUUCCAGUAGCUAUUUUAGUUAUCUGUAUGGAAUUAAGGCCUUCCAGGGGCUUGGCAGUCUUGGCUCCUAUCUGAAGAUGAAGAGUAUUAGACUGAUCAAGAUUGGAACCAAAAUUUGCAAAGCUUAAUGUAUAGUUAAAGCAUUGUGAGAUGCUAUGGAUCUCAGUUCUGGCCAUUGACAUGUCACUACAAUGCUCAGUUGAAACUAGUCGUUCUUUAAUUAUACAUAAACGCAGAAUAGGAAUCAGUACUACUUUUUGGAAAAAAAAAAAAUCUCAGCUGUCUCUUGUUGCUAGUUAGAAAAUGACUUCUUCAAAUAUACCUUGUUAUCACUAAAUUCCUAAAGGCAGAAUUUCUUACAAGUUUUCUAUAGAGCUUUACACAGACUAUACGACUGAACAGUGAGUGGCAAACUAACAUUAAGUGUUCUCUAAGGGUGUCUAGUUAGUUUAUCAGAUGUUUCAGUAAUAGUUUUCAGGAGUUAAUAUCUAGUUUCUGAACUUCAGGCCACUGUGUUCAAAACUUUGUUUCCCUGCAUGAGUUUUUAGGACAGUCCCUUGCAGUAGUACACACUAGUGACUGGGUCUUUUUUUUUGGUAUUUCUACUUACUGGUUGAGACCUAAGAUGCAUGGACUUAGAAUUAAAUUAGCAUAUAAUAUGAACUGCAUAGAGAAACUUAUUUUAAACUUCAGUUUAUUAACUUUGUAUUCUUAUACUGGAGUGUGAGUAUUGCUGCUCCUACCAAAAACCUGCUUUAAUUUGCUACCCUUGUGCCAAUUUGGAUUGCUGUAUUCCACUCUAUGAAUCUGUGACUUUCUCUGCACUGACUUCUUAGUUCAAAGUGUCUUUCCUCUCUAAGUAUUUUCUUUGCCUUCUCGUUGCUUCAGUUCUGUCAGCUUUUGUAUGUGGGAUUCUGCCCAGCUGCUGUAAGUGAAAGUCUUGACUUCUGAUUAUUCCUGACAAUACAUCACACUUUAGGUCUAUUUUUCUUACUUGAAUCUUAUGGCUUAUUCCAGACUUUGAUACUCUGGGGUAGGGGAGGAACUAUGUUAAUGCAAAGAUCUUCAGAAGAUCUUCUAUGUAAUACCCUACUUGGGUUACUUUUCCUUCUUGGCCUGUGAAUUUGGUGCCAAUUAAUGUAUUUUGAUACUGGCUUCCUAUUUUAAAUUACAUAAAUGCUCUCUGAUCCUAUUAUAACAUUCAGUAUUACUGCAACUGAUUUCAGACUGCUGUGUUUCUGGUAAAGAACUGAGUCUUAUUGUUUUAUGUAACACUAAUACAGUAGUAAUAAUCUAAUAAUACCAAUGAUGGACUGCUCCUUUUCUUGUGAAAUCUCACAGCAAAUAAGGGGAUAGGGGCAAGGGGUGACUUCCUCUUGUCAUCAUUUUAUGACUGCUGUUAGGAGAUGUUUAUCAAUGUAAUGUAACUCAAAAUAAUUAAAUAAAGUUGGUGAAGAAAAUAAAACGUUUCACAGCAUGCUGUGAAGCACAGUGUGUUUGAAGCUUUUUGUGGCAAAAGGGUGAGAACUCCAUGCCUAGUAUGUGUUAGAAUUUUAGACUCCAGUAUCAUCCUUUUUCCUUAUUAAUGUUUCCCUCAUCUAUUAUUUUUCUGAAAAUAUUUCAUACAAUUACCAUGGAAAAAAAGACUGCACAAUAGGCUUAAAGGAUGCUUUUCAUGCCAUUCAUGAAGAUUUAACUCAAGUCUUAUAUUAAAGCUAUUUAACAUUUAAUUAGAAUUCAGUUUCCUACAGAGUUCUGUAGACUUAUUUUCAACGUUAACUGUGACUUGAAAGUUAAUAAAU